UGCUUCCAGUUCUCUCUCUCACACACACGCGCGACAGCAUGAGUUGAGAAACCGACAGAAAGCUAAAAGAAACGGGAGAGAAGCGAAAGAUAGCCUAAUUAGGGGAGAAAGAAACGGCAGAGACGACACAAAUCGAGAGAGACAUUAUCAAAGAACAGCAGCAGACAUGGGCUGUAAGUUGCCGAAACCCCGAGGGUCAGAUGAAGCUCCGGGAAAGAUUUUCUCCACCCUCAGAAGAACACAAGUGGAGACCCACUCAGGAGUGUCCUAUACAUACCACUUCCUUGACUUCCUGUUAGGAAAGGAAGAGGUGUCAGUGUCCUCAUUGCUGUGUCUGUCGUCAGUCAGAGAGCUUCCAGUGCAGGUGUGUGAGUUGUAUCGGAAGGGAUUCGUACUGGCUGCUGUCCAUCCCUUUGUUCACUCCUGCGGCCCUGCUAGUGCUAAUCUACAGAAGCAGUUACACCGAGCCGUGCUCAUCAGACAAACACACAGUGGUUCCGACAGUGGUCUGCUGAACUGGGUGGAGCCUCAUCUCACAACAGACGUGUGUUACCUCGGUCACCAGGACCCUGACCCAGAAGUCAUACAGGGCUAUGUGAAAAAGGUGCAGGAUUUGGCUGAUCAGGGUGAUCUGUUUGUGGGGUUUUUGCCCCAGCCCGGCGGGGGUCCAUAUUUCCUUGGUCACUGGGAACCAGAAGAGCUUUCCUCCUUGCACUCCAGUCCCUGUUCUGUGCAUCACAGCAGCAGACCUCAGACCCUCAGCCCUGUGAGCGAGCUGAGCCAACAGGAUCGAGGCAACGGGGAUCAUCGAAACCAGUACCGUACGACCUUUAAUCCAGAUUUCGAGAACCAGAGCCAACACGAUGAAGACUUUAUGAACCGCAGCCUUCAAAUACAAAGCACUGAGAGCAGCCAGUGCUGGAAUAAUCAGAAUCCUUUCACUGAGAACCAUCAGUCUCCAGACUAUCAAUACCUGAAUGAUAAAUGUGAAUGUACACAAGCUGAGUUUAUAAUAAGCUCUUGUGUAUCAGAGCCACAUCAAACCCAAAAUACUAGAAUGCAGCCGGUCCUGCCCAGCUGUGAUUUGGCAGAAAAACACAAAAAAGAGCACAGGGAGCAGGUCAAAAGCCAAGACAAACCCAGCAAGUGCACUGGACCCUCCCAGAUGUUGAAUCGUGUGCAGGUGUUCGCGCUGUACAACCACACGAUAGUUCUGUCGGGAUCGCCAAAAUACUUUUCUCUGAGGGUUCCACUGCAGGUGCGCAGGGAGGCGGGGCUUGUAAGCUCGGUUGACUCUCAUUGGCUGGAUCACAUGACGCAGCACUUCAGAAGUGGCGCACAGCUCAUCGACGGCUACUUUCACCUGGGAGAUGAUGCAGCAUCAUCUUCCACGGUGGAGAGUGUUUUUAUCUUCCAAAGUCCUUCAGGUGAUGCUGGGCCAACCACAGUGUACGAUGCUAUUGUAGUUGAGCAAUGGACUGUGAUCGAUGGUGUCGCCGUGAAGGCAGACUACAUCCCUCUGCUCCAGUCUCUGGCUCCAUACGGCUGGAGACUAAUGUGUGUGCUGCCCACUCCCAUCGUUAAAAUGAAAAGUGAUGGAAGUUUGGCCACAAAACAGAUCCUCUUCCUCCAGAGACCCACGCUGCCUCGCAAGAGGAGAGACUUGACGAAACUGCACCUCAGAGGUCAAAACAAAAGGAACUUGAAUAGUAAGAGGACAUCAGAGAGGGAGAUAUCACAGCUGGCAACGAUUGAGAGAGAAAUGGAAAGAAUGGAGAGAGAAAACAAAAGUCUGAUGAGACAAUGUGAGAAUAUCCAAAAGGAAAACGGGCAGACUUUGCCAGAAAGCCCAGAGAGGAGAGAUCAAGCGGAAAGGACGGUGGAAUUCCACACGCAGAGGAUCGACAUCCCGAACAUCAGCCCUGGAAAAAAGGACGCCAUUACAAACAGCGAUCAGGAAUUAAAGCGCACAAUCACGUGCGUUAAAUUGGAGGAAGUGCGAGCGGCGGUAACUGAGAGAGCUUUAUUCUCUGGAGUGUGCUGACUAUUCAUAUUUAUGCAUAUUUAACCAUUACAAUAUGCUCAUGUUUAUUCAGGCAGAACACACUAUAGUCAGGCCCUUGUCUGGGCAAAUACAUCGGCUGAUGGAGUAACUGUCCUGGUAAGAUUGCGAAGAGGGGUUUGAAUCCCAUAAUUAUCUGGGUUUUUAAGGUAAAUUGCUGUAGCAAAUGGCAGAGGAUUCAAACGAACAUGAAAAAAACAUCCUUUCAAGGAGCUCGGAAUAUGCUAAACGCUGACCAUGUGUUGAGACUUGUACCUGUGUGUAUCUGUGACGUUAGCUCGUUUUAUUACAUACAAUGUUAGCAUAUGCAAUAUGUCGUACACAAAGUCAAAUUCGUAAAAUGAACAAGAUUUUUAUUUAUUGAAGACAGUCGCAGUAAGGAUGGCAGUAACUGAUGUCCUACUUUGGAAAGGAACAGUUAUAAUGAAUGUCUGUGAGACAGUUAAAGGUGUAAAUAAAAGCUCUCAAUGAUGGGGUUAAGAUGCAAAUUAAAGACGCAUCAUUUACAGCAGGGUUCCUCAACCGUUCAACUCCAAACCGUUAUCAAAUUUACCUAACUGCAAUUUUCUCAUAACUAGAACUUGAGCUGGUUCAGGGGUGUUUGAGUAGAGUUGGAGCUAAACCCUGAAUUACAGCUACAGCUUGGAGUUUUCUUCUGUUUUCAACGUCGCUUUUCAUUGUGACUUUCGAGUGGAUGUUUCAAACAUGACGAUUAUUGACAUUAUAUUUUAAGAGUUAAAUUUUGCCUAAAAACAAUUCAACAUUGCAGCUGUAGUCCCCCUUUUUACGGUAAAA